CAAAUGAAUCAGAUGACGUCCUCAUUCUGCGACAACUACUACAACCCAAACAGAAAAUUCCUCGCGGCAGUUUGAGCUCUUUUACUAAAGAUGCUGCAGCCAGACUUCGUCCGCCUUCUGACAGGCGGACAAGUGUUGGUAAAAAGCUGCGAUGAAGAGUGUGUGGCAGUGAGAAACUCACAGGAGGAGCCGAGGCGGAGUGAGGAUGAGGAGGGAAACCCGUUCAACUUCACACCUCAACUCAUCCACCUGCACAAGGACCACCAGCUCUUUGAGGAUGGGGAUAUCCACAGACACAUGUACCUGCAAGACCUGUACAUCUCAGAUGCUGACGACAAGGCAACACUCAGUGUGUCCGAAUUUGCCUGUCACAUUUCUGGCUGCAGUACAGUCUUCAGCACUUUGGAGGAGUAUGAGCAUCACUAUAACUCCAUUCACAGACACGUGUGCUGCUCCUGUCGUCGCUCUCUGCCUAGUGCCCGACUCCUAGACAUUCACAUUCAGGAGUGGCACGAUUCUCUCUUCACUAUCCUCGCCCAGAGACAAGAUAUGUACCAGUGUUUGGUGGAGGGCUGUGGACAGAAGUUCAGCACCAGUAAACACAGGAAGGACCAUCUAAUAAGAAUUCACAAGUAUCCUCCAGACUUCAGAUUCGACAAACCCAAAAAGGACAGAGGACCCCGACAUACAAAGAGACAGCAGCAGAAAGACACAGCCAUGGAGGUCGCAGACGAUGUGUGUGAGUCUGAGGGUGUGUGUGAGGUUGUGUGUGAUGUGCUGUCCGACCAACCCGAGCCGGGAGAAUCCAUGGAGACGCAUGUGUCAGAAGAAGCAGCUGCUCGCACUGAGGAGACCUCGGAUAUUUCUGCUGCAACUCACAGCACGGGGAAUCCAACCAGCGAGUCACUAAAACCACGAUAUUCCUACAGGGUCCCCACAAAUGUGUGCUUUGGUCACGGCUCCGUCCGAGGCUUCAGAGGGCGACAAGGAAGGAGGAAAUGAAACUCCAGGAGUCGGUUUUCUGUUGUUUUUUUUCCAAGAUAAAUAACUUUAUACGCUUGUCCUGUAACAAAAUAUGUUUACUGUCAUAUGUGUCCUGAUGUAAAAUAAAAAUGAUUUUUAUUAAAAUAAA